AUGGAUCCGGGUCGGGUAUCGACUGAUUUGACAACGGGUGAAUUGCCAUACGGGUAUAGGUUUCACCCGACUCCAUUCGAGGUGGUUCAGUAUUAUUUAGUGCCAAAAUUAAGGGGUGAAGGACUUCCAUCGGGCUACAUUAAAGAUCUUGAUGUGUACAAAUUUGAUCCUCAACAAAUUCCUCUAAAUCAAUCGAAGUACGCAAGAGACAACGAAUCGUACUUUUUCGUACCAAUUACUCGAGAGCUUUUACAAGCCGUGCGCAAUUUGACGAGAACAACACCCAAUGGAUAUUGGAAAAUGUUGGAAUGGAAUAUUCCACUUUACGAACCCGAUGGUUCUAUAAUCGGGCACAAGAACAAACUCGAGUUUUACAAUGGAAAGUAUCCGAAUGGAGUUAUUACGCAAUGGAAGAUGGUCGAAUAUCGGACUUGUUUUCGAGCUAAUGGCAAUGUUGAGAGUUUAAUGGUUUGUAAAAUCAAGUUGAAGGUUGAGGAAGAGGUUAUUUAUGAGGAAAUAUCAUCUGCUUCUGGAGAAGAAGAGGGUGACAAAGUUGAAUAA